AUGGAGUGUCCUUUCCUCCGGAAUCCGAUUGAAGCUGAAUCAGAAAUUAUUCGCAAUGCCUUACGACGGGAGAGAAUGUUAAGACUCAGACUCGAUAUUUUGUCUUUCCCCGAUGAGUACCUCAUAGAACGUUACCGUUUUUCUUCACCCUCUAUUAUUUACCUGACCAACAUUCUCCGGCCACAAAUUUACAACAUCACAAACCGCGGACGUGCUCCCAGUCCUGAGCAAAUUCUUUGUGUUGCACUUCGUUUUUUUGCAAAUGGAAGUUUCCUCUACAAUAUUGGCGACGCAGAGCAUAUUGGCAAAGCAACUGCCUGUAGAGCAGUGAGAAAAGUUUGCCUAGCACUGAAACGCCUACUACAUGCAUUUGUAGUUUUCCCUGGGCACAAAGCUCUUAGGGCCAAUAAAGAGGAAUUCCACAGGAUUGCAGGACUUCCAAAUGUGAUAGGCUGCAUUGAUGGGACACACAUUCCCAUCACUGCUCCUUCCAUAAAUGAAGGAGACUAUGUGAAUAGGAAGUCCUUCCACAGCAUUAAUGUGCAGAUCAUGUGUGAUGCUGCACACAUGAUCACUAAUGUUGAAGCCAAGUGGCCCGGCUCUGUACAUGACUCACGCAUAUACCGUAAGUGUACCCUGAGCAACAGAUUUGCACAUGGAGAGUUUGAUGGCUACCUGCUUGGGGACAGAGGGUACCCAUGCAUGCCCUCUCUUUUGACCCCUUACCCUGACCCUGAGCCGGGCCCCCAACAGCGGUUCAAUGUGGCCCACUGCAGGACUAGAGCCCGGGUAGAAAUGACAUUAGGCAUUUUAAAAUCCCGGUUCCAGUGCCUGCGUAGACUCAGGGUAUCCCCAGAGCGGGCUUGUGACAUUAUAGUGGCAUGUGUUGUUCUCCAUAAUAUUGCCCUUAUUAGAGGAGAGCAACACCCUGCCAUACAAAUGGAUGACCCUGAGGAAGACCAGCCCAUCCACCCUGCAGAUGUCCAGGAUGGAAGAGCGGUCCGGGACAUCAUCUGCCAGAACCAUUUCUCACAUUAA